UCACAACCAUCACCUUCGAUUGAUCAUCCGGAAUUGAUCGUUCCUCCAGCUGGGAUGGAACCGAAUGGAUCCUCCACUGCUGCAGGGUUGCCCUCUCCAGGGGAUCUGAUCCUGCAACAGAGGAAAGAUGCCCUCCAGGCGGCGGGGACACAGGCCGCGGGAGAUGGGAGCUUGUGGUCGCAGCUUUCCAACAAUCCAUUCUUCACGGCGGGAUUCGGUCUCGCAGGUCUCGGAGCGGGCCUCAGUUUCGCCCAGAAAGGCUUUCGACAUGGCGCCGCCCUCCUUCGCCGACGUAUGCUGGUAGACGUCGAGAUCAGCAUCAAGGACGACUCAUACCCAUGGUUCCUUCACUGGAUGACGCUCUAUCAGCAAUCGCAGCUCAAUACUGCUCGUUCUGCCACCAGCAGGACUGGCUUUAUGGAAUCUCUCCUCCAACGAAUGACGCCCGGCAUGCGCCAUCUUUCCAUACAGACACAGAAAGUUGAACACGCCAAUGGCGCGAUGCAUACACACUUCGCCCUCGUCCCUGGUCCCGGGAAGCAUAUUCUUCGUUAUAAGAAUGCGUUCAUCUUCGUCAACCGUAUGCGCGAGUCCAAGUCGCAGGAUUUACAAACUGGCCGUCCUUGGGAAACAAUAACCCUCACUACACUCUACUCUCAUCGGCAUAUAUUCGAGGAGCUCUUUACGGAAGCACACGCAUACGCUGCUCGGUCGCAGGAAGGGAAGACAACCAUCUACAAUAGCUGGGGAACAGAAUGGAGACCGUUUGGACACCCGCGGAGAAAGCGGCCUUUGGAAUCGGUCAUCCUUGAUGAAGGCGUAAAGGAACGUAUUGUGGCGGAUGUCCAAGAUUUUGUGGGAAGUGGGAAGUGGUACUACGAUCGUGGAAUUCCCUACCGACGGGGAUAUCUGCUUUACGGGCCGCCCGGCACUGGGAAAAGUUCGUUUAUCCAGGCAUUGGCGGGCGAGUUGGACUAUGAUAUUGCCAUUCUCAAUCUCAGUGAGCGGGGUCUGACUGACGACCGAUUGAAUCACCUCCUGACUAUUGUCCCGAACCGCACCCUCGUUCUGCUAGAGGAUGUUGAUGCCGCGUUCUCAAACCGUCGCACCCAGACCGAUUCGGACGGGUAUCGCGGCGCUAACGUGACCUUCUCCGGACUGCUGAACGCCCUGGACGGAGUUGCGAGUGCAGAGGAACGAAUUCUGUUCCUUACCACUAAUCACGUCGAACGCCUGGAUGAAGCCCUGGUUCGGCCCGGUCGGGUCGACAUGACAGUUCGUUUGGGCGAGGUCAGCCGCUACCAGGUCGGAUGUCUCUGGGAUCGGUUCUAUGGAGAAAUCGAUACCACAGGCUCUCACCGACGCAUCUUGCUUGAUCGACUGCACGAGCUGGGCUUGAUCGAGAAUGAGAACGGCGAGAAGGCUGACCGGACGAAGAAUAUCAGCGCUGCAGCGCUGCAGGGCCUGUUUUUGUAUAACAAGGAAAACAUGGAGGGGGCCAUUGCAAUGGCCGAAGCCCUCACUUAUUCGGUGCAUGAUGAGGUGGACUGAUCUGUACUAAGACAUGUAAAUAUAACCAUCAUUUCAGGUGUAUGUAUGAAUAUUGAACAGCUAGACGAGAAACAUAAACAAUACCCGUACUGUUUGUCUGCAGUGUACCUCCUGACUCCAACCUCCAACGUUUUGCAAAUCCCCCGCAAUUCUCUCCGCUGUAUCCAUCUUAUCCACAACUUUCAUCACAACGACUACAGAGUAAUUAUGAUGGAUACGAUAUUCUCGUAUCCAUUAGCUUCAUUCAAGCGAUGCCUGCAACUAUGAAUAAACCCUAAAGUGUGACAUUGGACAGAAUGUAUCUG